GGCAUCCUUGCCGACAGCCUCAUUAGCCCCAUCCUAGCCUCUUCCGGCUUCGUAGGCCUGCCUAAUCAGCCUUCCUUCUUCCUUCCGCCCCAAAUCGCAGGUGCCGCUCAUCAGCCACAGAGUCCGUACCCAGUACACUUCGCUCGGCCUGCGACUUUCUCAUUUCUCACCGUCGUCGACGUCCUGCUUCGCUUACCCCCCUCUCAAUCAAGGCGCCGACGCACUAUCUGCGGAUAUAUCUGUGUCUGUCGCCCGUCACCAAACCGCACGUGGCGUUCUCCCCCCUUCCUUAGUUCUACGGACACCCACGACCUCCGCCGCCGCAUAUCAGCUGUCCACUCCGCUUCUUCACCAUUGCUUGUUCGCUAGUCUGCCUGCUGGCGAGCUCAAACGUCUAUCAUGUGUCUUUGAUACUGCGCUUUGUCUGAGGGUGCGCCUCGUCGCUCUGCUCGACCGAAAGCUGAAAAGUCCGGGGACGGUGUCCAUUGAUGCAUUGUGCCAGAUUGCGACCGCGAGAAUCGAGGUCCGAAAAGCUAGGAAAUCCCAGCUCGCGGGAAAUGAUUCUCUCGCUCUCCAAACUGCGGUGAUAACGAAGUUAUUUGGUUGUUGAUCGAAUCAUCAAACUUGCUACCUGCGCUGUCUCACAAGCGAUAGACCUUGGGAGGAUGGUAUCCAACAGCCAGAUUAUGGAUAACCAGCGACAACAGCAAUAUAUUCCUGGGCCUCCCCCUCCACCUGGGCAAGGCACCCUCGGCCAUCUUCCACCGCCUCCUCCUCGACCGUAUCUCCAAUCGAAUCUCCCUCCUCCUCCGCCAGGGCCACAUCCCUCCGCCCUCCCACUCGGGACCGUCUUUGGACUGCCAGGCGCAGGAUGGCAGCAGCCAUGGGGAAGAUCAGGCUUAGGCCAGAACAUACCACCGCCUCCACCAAUAAAUCAUACCCAGCCUCAAGGGCAGCACCUGUCCUACGGCAUGCGACAGCUGAAUAUUCCGCCGCCUCCUCCGCAGAACGAUAAACCCAUCUUGUCCGCUACAUUUAUCCCGACUGGCGAUUCGUUCGGGCCCGGCGUCGGCAUCCCACCCCUCGAUGAUUAUUCUUCAUACUCUCGAUAUGAUGCUCAAUUCACUUCCGAGCCUUCAUUAUCUCACUCGGAUCAGAAGUAUUCUGACACCACUACUUCUCAUAGUUACUCAUAUCCAAAUCCCGUGCAUCCGAACCCGGAUAUCGCAAAUAGGGAAAGCCGUGCUGCUUCUGCUUCAUCGAAUAGGCCCGCUUUCACUCUGCCUCUUCGCGACAUCAACGAACCAAUCUCUCCAGGACCCCCGACCGCAACCUUAGUGAAUCCGCAAGGGAGCGUGGACCAAGGUCGACAGCGAGCGCAGAGUGCUGCCGUCACCGGAAGUAACUCAAGCGAAUUGUCCUCUCAAUGGCCUUUGGACCGAGUUCUGGCCUGGUUGGCCGCGAAUGGGUUUUCAAGUGAUUGGCAGGAGACCUUUCGAUUAUUGAAAUUGCAAGGCUCCGAUUUUCUCGACCUGGGUCGAGGACCGAAUGGCCGGGGAAAUUUGGGCAUGAUGCAUCAGACCAUCUACCCACAGCUCGCAAAGGUCUGUUCGAGCGGCAAUACUGGUUGGGAUCAAUCUCGCGAACGCGAAGAAGGCAAGAGGUUGCGCAAGCUGAUUUCUCGUCUCGUUGAACAAGGAGGUGAGGGUCCGGCCAGUGCAGGAAUCGGCCAUCGGAGGCGAGAGUCUGGUAUGAUUCCGAGUGCGUCCACGGAGGGGAAUUUGGAAACUUCGCCUCAUCUUCCCCGAUCUGAAUUUGGCAGUGCACCGGGCACGGCUGGCCCAGAAGGAAGUCCCGGCAAGCAGAUGCCUCCACAAUUUCCGACAGGCUUGGGCCCUCGAAAUUCCCAAGGUCGAAGCAGCACCAUGCCCGUUCUCAGCAAACAUAGCAGCGCUUCUUCAACCCCAAGCGACCCCAAGCCCCCGGAGAAUCUUCCAGGCGCGGGGCGUACAGAAUACACAAGGGGCGUCCUAACCAGCAUGAACAAUCGAGGUCGUCAUAGCCCUAAUCUUUCCGGCGAUGGUUCCACGGGCUUAUUGCCCAAGACGUUCGAUGCCUCGCCCAGUGCGAGCCCUGGUCUUGGAAGUGCAGUCCCUGUGUCGGCCACAAGCACCUCUUCUCAGGGACAGCGACCAGAUCAUAGCAAGAGCAACAGCACCGACUCUAUGCUCAAAGCGUCGGGUCAUCCCCGCUCAAACGUUAACGUUCAAGGCCCUUAUGAGAGGAGCAACACAACAUCUGGAAGCUCAGAACGCUUCUACGCAGACAGGCGCGACGCACAAGAGAUGACUAGACCCUCGCCUCUCGAAGCCCAUAGGACUUGGAGUAAUGAUUACGCCCCGGGGCCGGGAGGGAAAGAUCACAGCAAAGGCUUUCUCAGCAAGUUUAUGAGGAAGAGGCACGAGCACAACCAGGCUCAAUCUGAUGACCAUCCUUUGGAAUCACCAACCAGCCCUGGCCCGUUGAAGCUUUUUGCUCGACCGAGCGCGAAUGGCAGUGACUCAGUGCUACUUCCGCGCCCUGCUUCGGUGACGAGUGAAGAUGAGAGGGCUCUGGUAGCGGGUCGCCGGGGUCCCAAUUUCUCCAAAAGAUACAUUUUCGUUACGCCAGACUGUUGGAACUAUCGGCUUGUGGACAUCACGGAAGUGGAAACUGCCAUCGCGCUCCGCAGUCUCAUUUGUAUCGAGCUUGCGAUACCGGACGCCGAAUAUGCGCAGAUCUUUGUCACCGAACCCGGGCAAACAGAGCAUGAGAGUCCUCUCUCGGACAGUAUGCUUGUCGCAAUACGGAACCGGACGGAUAGCCUGGGCAGCUUUAAGUUGUAUGUCCAGAGCCCUACACUGUCCGCAGUACCCGGUUCAGCAUCCCAAUCAACCGGCCUCGGGGUGUCUUUUGCCCAAAAAGCUCAAGUCGAAAGGGCUCCGCCCAUGGUCAAAUCAAACUCCUCAGGUGGCAUCAGUCGGAACGGCUACACAUCUCCAGGAGCCGAAUCGCUUGUAACUGACCCUAUCCUCAUGCAAAAGCAGGCUGAAGAGUACCGACGGCAAACGGAGGCUAAACAAAGGGCUUACCUGGAAUCCCGCAGAGCUCAAAAAGAGUCGACCUCCACAUACAGUGGAGGUGGUAUUCGAGGAAGCACGGUCAUAGACUUCGACACUCCCCGCCACUCGCCCUUCGAAGAGAAGAAAGUCGAAAAUCUUGUCCCGGUUCGACGGCCACCGACAGCACCUGCAGAAUCUACCACGCUAACCAAGGUCAAUUCCCUUCGGGCCAAAGGAUCUGGCAAUCGAUCCUCCCUCGACGCCCUGAAGCGAAUCUCUGAUCCAAUUGCUGAGGAAGACGCGGAGCGUGCGAAGAAGAAAUCCGCUGCUUUCGCGGCCCUUCCUUCAGGCGGCAUCGGUGCCGCGUUGGCUAAUGUUGGCAAGAUGGCUGGUGCUCCCGCCACUCUGGGCAACCAAGGACUGCAACAAGACAGAAGGGGUACUGAAUACAGUCGGAGUACUUCAGGUGGGUCCUUUCGUCCCGACUUUACACGGGGCAAAGGUGAUAUGCUGUUCAAGGUUCCUAACUAUGAAGAAGGUUUUGCCGAUAUGAACCAAGAGAGUCGGGCACGGAAUGCUGCUUUGGAUAAUGCUCGGCGCUUCGGUGCUUCUCCAGCGGUCAGUCCGUCGACUGAAUCGGCACCACGGCCAUUGUUGCAAACCCGGAAGUCGUACGGGCCCGAUCUAGAAUUCAAGGAGACCAAUGUUUCCUUUGCUCCUUCACCUCAUCCCACGAAGGAUGAUUCGGACGACGACUCGGACGAUGGUCUCUUCGCUAUCCCUCUGGCAAACAAGUCCAUGUCUAAGGACGAAAUCCCGUCCCGCAGUAAAGACCAGAGACCAACCUUGACGGUCGAUACGGAUCAAAAUACCAGCAAAAACGUGCGGUUCAAGUCGCCAAGCUCAUCCAGCGGCGUGCAAAACACCGGGGAUGAAAGCGCCACGGCCAGUGGAGAAGGAUAUGACCGCAGUCUUUCCGACGGCAGUUUCAGUGGCUCUGCUCAGUCUCCUGACGACCGAAUGAGUAGGAGAGACUCCUUCAUCAGCGACAUCUGGGCAAAUCGACCGGCUGUGGAAAAUGUUGUUCACCAUCUCGACGAAUUUUUCCCUGGCGUCGAUCUCGAUAAGCCGUACCUGGAAGAGAAAGGCGAGAAUAACUCGCCUAUGAAGGCAACUGAACAAGAUCCUCUUGACGCUCUCCAAGGACCCUCGACUGGCCUGACCUUUGGUACCAGUGGGCUCGAUCUCGAGUUCAGUCGCAAGAGCGACUCAGAUACUUUGGGGUCCGACGAAUCCACUCUCAAGGCAAAGGAUCGUGAUAAGGUUGCCAGCGUUGCUCAGAGGCAGGUUGGCAAAGCGACAGGAGGCAUUUCUAGGAUGAAAUCUAUCCGUGAAGUUGCUCAAAAGCGAAACGAUAUCAAGCGAGGACCCUCGAUUGCUGCUCGUGUGGAGCAAAAUAAUGCAAGCAGCAUUGUUCGCCGGAAGUCGACGAAGAUGUUUGGCGCCCACAUUGUUCAGAUCAGACCAAAACCAGGCAGCCGAUUAUCUACGCUAGAUCCUAUUCCCCAAGAGGAUGUUCCCACGGAGGAAACGCCAAAGCGGCAGGCCACCUUCAAAAUUAUUCGUGGCCAGCUCAUCGGCAAAGGCACCUAUGGACGUGUUUACCUUGGUAUGAAUGCGACAACUGGUGAGUUCCUGGCUGUCAAACAAGUGGAGGUCAACCAGAAAGCUGCAGGUCAAGAUAAAGAUCGGAUCAAGGAAAUGGUUGCUGCUCUGGACCAAGAGAUUGAUACUAUGCAGCAUCUUGAGCAUCCAAACAUUGUGCAGUACCUUGGUUGCGAACGGAAGGAGUUCUCCAUCAGUAUCUAUCUCGAGUAUAUUCCUGGUGGCUCGAUUGGCAGUUGUCUACGCAAGCAUGGAAAGUUUGAAGAGUCUGUGGUCCGGUCGCUUACCCGACAAACUUUGGAAGGACUGGCAUACCUUCACCAGGAAGGCAUUCUACACCGGGACUUGAAGGCUGACAACAUUCUCCUCGACCUUGAUGGCACAUGCAAGAUCUCGGAUUUCGGCAUCUCGAAGAAAUCAGAUAAUAUCUAUGGCAACGACGUUACGAACAGCAUGCAGGGCUCGGUUUUCUGGAUGGCCCCUGAAGUUGUCCGAUCCCAUGGCCAGGGUUACAGUGCCAAAGUCGAUAUCUGGUCGCUUGGAUGUGUGGUGUUGGAAAUGUUUGCGGGAAAGCGACCCUGGAGCCGAGAAGAAGCUAUCGGCGCCAUAUUCAAGCUCGGAAGUUUGAGCCAGGCGCCGCCCAUCCCCGAAGACGUCCAGUCGACAGCUACAGUUGACGGGCUGAACUUUAUGUAUGAUUGCUUCCAAGUCAACCCGACCGACCGACCAACGGCCGACACCCUGCUCCGACAUUCAACAUUCUGCAUUCCAGACCCAUACUACAACUUCUACGAUACCACAUUGGCUGCGAAGCUGAGAAACGUUGACGGUGCCGGUCUUGGUGGUUGAAUGUUGAACACGAUGUCCAAACGAUCACAAUUUCUUGCAGCACCCGAGGAAUUAUAAGCGCCAUUUUGAGCAAAUAUAUCCAAGAAAGGAAGAGCCGUGCUUCGCACAGUAAUCAACUGACGAAUUUAACGUGGUCUAACGAAAGAAGAAAAGAUACAUAAUGCACGAUUGUUACUAUAGUGGAUUCAUUUACACCAGGAAGGUUGGAAAGAUGGACUUGGACAAGGCGAGGCGAUGGUGGGAAAAUGUCGACAAUGUUGCUGCUCAUCCGUCCUGGAUAUCAAGGGCCAGUUGACGAGGAAUGCAGGGGAACUCGCAUGUUUUAUUACACAUUCCUCAGAACAUUCCCGUUGCCCAGUCCCAGAUUUUGUUGAAGUUCUGUGCGUUCCUCCUUUCGUGAUCCAUCAGUUUGACACCUGCAACUUGCGUUUUGGCUACGCC